UACACGGCAUUGUCUUGUUGAAAAGUGUUGACUAUAGUGUUUAUUAUUCUGAAUGUUGGGGUGGUACGGGGUGAACUUUCGCUUGCCAGCUGCAUCCAUACCCAUUGAGGCUUGCACAACCGAGUGACAUAAAGACCGUGCGCAUCGCUCACCUGCAUACAUUCUGUCCAAAACCUCUCUGCCUUCCACCUCGUGUUCUUUCUCCUACAUUUUUCGUGAUCAAUUUUGACUCGGUUGCAACUUGGGCCCGGCAUGAUGGCAGGGAAAUCGACGUUGAUGUUCUGCUGCACCCUGGUUUUGCUGGCAGUUCUCGUGGCUAAGGGUUGUCGUCAGGGAGAGGGGAUCAGCAAGCCGACACGGAAAGAUUUUUGGCCAGAACUCGUUGGCCAGACAGGAGAGCAGGCAAAGGCGAUCAUUGAGGAAGAGGACCCAACUCUGUUUGUUGAGAUUUCGAACAACCCCGACGAUGUGUUGAAUUACGUUCCCGAUCGGGUCAUUAUCAUUGUCAAUGCCGAAGGAAUAGUCUUCAUACCGCCCAUGAUCUGACCGGCCUAUCUCAGUGAAUGGAAGAAAAGUCCAACCUCUCUCUCGCCGCUUUAGCCGUUUUCAUUUUUUUUUUGGCUAAGUUUAAAUCAAACCAUAUGCAUGUGUAAGUUUAUGGCAAUUAGGAAAAA